CACAAGACCAGCUAUAGACUACUAGCUCUUAACAAUGCAAGGCCUCAUUAUUAUUAUUAAGCCAUCGUCUUCCAAGCUCAGCAGCAGCUUGGUCGUCGUCGUUGCUGCUAUGAUGCUGCUGCUAGGGCUCGCCGGCGUCGCCCACGGCGGCGGCAGGAGGCGUCUCGUCGUCUCCAGCAACGAGGACGAGCCGUGCAGGAGGAUGACGGUCUACUACCACGACAUUCUCUACAGCGGCAACAACACGGCCAACGCGACGUCGGCGGCGGUGACGAGGCCGGCGGCGGCGCUGAGCACGUCGCGCUGGGCGAACGGAACCUACUUCGGCCUGCUGGUGGUGUUCGACGACCUGGUCACGGAGGAGCAGGCGCUGGCGUCGGAGCCGGUGGCGCGCGCGCAGGGCUUCUACUUCUACGACAGGAAGGAGGCGUUGAACGCGUGGAUGGCCUUCUCCCUCGUGUUCGACUCCGCGGCGUACAGGGGCACCCUCAACCUCAUGGGAGCCGACCUCAUGGCCGAGGAGACGCGGGACCUCUCCGUCGUGGGCGGCACCGGGGACUUCUUCAUGUCGCGGGGCGUCGCCACGCUGAGCACCAAGGCCAUCGAGGGUGCCGUCUACUUCCGCCUCAAGAUGGACAUCAAGCUCUACGAGUGCUACGUCUGAGACUGAGACCAUGCAUACUGCUGCUUCACGAUCUUCAAUUCGUCACGUACUUAACAUGUUUACUUAUAUAUACGUGUGUGUUGCCGUUUUUUCUGUAUUGUGUGUACCACAAUGUUGUGUAUAAUAUGUAUGGCGCUAUAUGGGUAUGAUGUAUUUGUAUCAACUCUAUAAUGAUGCACUUCCAAACAUUAAUAAAGCUUCUUUCUCUCCUC